AGGCUAAGAAUGCUGUGAGCGACAUCCAGCCCGCACCUGCACACACACACGCACCCACCCCACUACUCCACCUCGCACACCUUCCCUUCCAUUUGCACACGCACCCCCUUGUCUGGCCGGAUGAGUUACCACCCGGUGGACACCGUAGGGAGUCCAUUCAGGAGAAGCAUGGAUAGUAGGACAAGCUACGGCCGCUCCUCCGGCACCCCCUCCAGCGGGUUCCGCUCUCAGUCCUGGUCCCGGUCAAGCCCUAACAAGCCCUACAAGAGGAGCGUCAAUAUGCCUGUAGCCAGAGCGUACAGCUCCACACUCCUCAGCUCCGCCGACAGCGUUGAUUUUAGUCAAACUAACGGAGAUUACAAGCGUUCCAAUGAGAAAGAGCAGCUCCAGGGGUUAAACGACCGCUUCGCCGGUUACAUCGAUAAGGUGCACUAUCUGGAGCAGCAGAACAGCCAGAUUGAGGAGGAGAUCCAGGCGCUGCGGCAGAAGCAGGUGUCGCAGUCCCAGCUAGGCGAUUUAUACGACCAGGAGCUCCAGGAGCUGCGCUCCAUGCUGGAGCAGAUCCACCACGAUAAGGCGCAGAUCCAGCUCGACACAGACCACAUCGAGGAGGACAUCCAGAGAAUUAGGGACCGCUUCGAUGAGGAAGCUCGCAUCAGGGAUGAGACGGAAGGCAUCAUCCGGGCGCUCAAAAAAGAUAUGAACGACUCUGAGUUAGUGAAGUCGGAGUUGGAGAAGAAAGUCCAGUCACUGCAGGAUGAGAUUGCUUUUAUCCGCAACAACCACGAGGAAGAGGUGAGCGAGCUGUUUGCCCAGGUGCAGGCGUCGCAGGUGACCAUGGAAAGGAAAGACUUCCAGAAGACGGACAUCACCGAGGCGCUCCGGGAGAUCCGCACCCAGCUCGAGGGCCACUCCAACCAGAACCUGCAGCAGGUGGAGGACUGGUUCAUGUGCCGCUAUUCCAAGCUCACUGAUGCUGCGGAACAAAACAAAGAUGCAAUAAAGUCCGCCCGUGAUGAGAUUGCAGACUACCGCCGCCAGCUCCAGUCCAAGACGGUGGAAUUAGAAUCGGUCCGGGGAACCAGGGAGUCACUGGAAAGGCAGCUGAAUGACAUCGAGGACCGACACAACAACGACCUGUCCAGCCUGCAGGAGACCAUCCACCAGCUGGAUAAUGAGCUCAAGGGCACGAAGUGGGAGAUGGCGCGUCAUCUGCGCGAGUACCAGGACCUGCUCAAUGUCAAGAUGGCUCUUGACAUCGAGAUUGCUGCAUACAGGAAACUCCUAGAAGGUGAGGAGACCCACUUUAGCACUUUCCCUUACCGCCAAGCUGUCACGUCCUCUAAGAAGUCCAAGUCUGCGCCUCCCAAACUGAAGGUCCAGCACAAGUUUGUAGAGGAGAUCAUUGAGGAGACCAGGGUGGAGGAUGAGAAGUCUGAAAUGGACGAGGCCCUGGAAGAGAUUGCCCAGGAGCUGUCUGCCGCACUGGAGGCAGAGGCAACAGAUGACAGAGAAGAGGAAGGAGAGGAUAAGGGAGAAGAGGAAGGAGAAGAAGCAGUGGGACAUGGAGAAGAGGGAGAGGGUGACUCAGAAGAGGUUGUAGCCUCCACUGAAUCCCAAGUGAGCUCCAGCGCCCCUGCUGAGGAGGAAGAGGAGGACAAAAACGGUGGCGAUGAAGAAGAAGAUGGAGGAGAGGGUGCUGAGGAGGGAGAAAAAGAAGAAGAGGGUGAGAAAGAAGGAAAGGGUGAGGGUGAGAAGGGAGAUGAUGCAGAAGGUGGUGAUGAGGGAGAAGGAAGGGAAGAGGAAGAGGAGACAGCCCCAGAAUCAAAGGUCUCUCCUGACAAAGAGAAGGCUGGAGAGAAGGAAGGAAGUGGAGGAGAAGAAGAGACAGCAGAUGGAGAGGGAGAAGAGGAGGGUGGUGAUAAAGAGGAAGUUGCAAGUAGUGACAAAGGAUCCAAAGAUGGAGAUGAUACAGAUGAGAAAGAUAAGAAAGGAAAGGAUGAGAAAGAUGACAAAACAGAUGAGGCAGAUGUAGCCAAGACAGAGUCUCCCAAAACAGAUGCCCCCAAGAGUGAGGUCCCAAAAGCUGAGGUCCAGAAAUCUGAGGCCCCAAAGGUCUCCAAGCCAGACUCCCUGAAAGCUGAAUCCCCUAAGGCUGGGUCCCCUAAGUCUGAGUCACCAAAAGCUGGAUCCCCCAAACAUGAAUCCCCCAAAGCUGGUUCCCCUAAAUCUGAAUCCCCAAAACCUGGCUCCCCCAAAUCUGAAACCCCCAAACCUGCAGGAUCCCCCAAAUCUGAAUCCCCCAAACCUGCUGGUUCCCCCAAAUCUGAAUCCCCCAAACCUGCAGGGUCCCCCAAAUCUGAAUCCCCCAAAUUAGGAUCCCCUAAAGCUGAGUCCCCUAAGGAUGAGGCUCCCAAACCAGAAGCUCCCAAGUCAGAGGCCCCCAAGGCUGCAGAAGAGAAAGUAGACAAAAAGGGUGAUUCAGAGGAAGAGAAGGUAGAAAAGAAAGAUGCAGCUUUGAGCGGAGAAGUGGAGAAGGGUGCCCCAGAGGACAAAAAGGAUGAUGGGAAGAAAGAGGAGACGGAUGUGAUCUCAAAUGGAGUGGACGAGAGCCCCACCAAAGAUGACCCCAACCAGAAAGAUGACCCCAACCAGAAAGAUGACCCCAGCCAGAAGGUGGUCAUCACCAAAACGGUGGAGACCAUCACCACUGGAGAGGAUGGAGCCAAGCAUGUCAUUAAAUCAGUCACUGUCACCGAGACUGUGAAGGAGACUGAGGAUAUGAUUCAGGAGAAGAUGGUGUCCAGCAAGACGAUGGAGAAACACUCUUCCAAGUCCGUCAAGGUGGUGACCGAAACCGAGUGACUGCGCUCCAACCAAUCCACCCAGGAGGGUCAGGGAGGAGGACACGACAACAAGCAAUCAUACAGCUAGAGCGAUGUAAUAAAGAUAACCACUCUCAAACAUACAGAAAAGCAAAGAGAGAAGCCAUAUGAUGUGACUAAGCUAAAAUUUCUAAAAUGCAUGUUGAGUGAAGCUAUAAAUGAGCUUUUCUGCAGAUGUGGUCAGGAAAAUUUGGGAAUGGGACAGAUGAUUAAUUCUCUUUCUUUCUUUCUAUCUGCGGUUCACAGGAGUGCUCACGGGUGGGGGCGUCUGCAUGCUAGCUCAGGGAGGGAGUCCCCUCUCUAACAUGUAUGUAUGUAUGGAUGGAUGGGAGAGUGAUAGAAAUGUAUCUUCAUUCAAAUUAAGUUUUUUGGGGGGCCCAGGUGGGAGGGUCCACUUCAGAAGUAAGCUUACUUAUUAUGUGACGAUACCAAUUGAGCCAAAAAAAUACAACCGACUACAAUACAAUACAGUGAAGAAAGAGAAUGACGAUGGUGCAAUGAACUCAUGAUCAUGAACAUACAGAACCCAAAGCAAUUAACGCAUAAAUAACCUUGAAGAAACUCCUAGCCUUAAACAUGCUUUGUAUCAGUGUCUAUUAUGUUUACGAGUGCAAUUGAAAAUAAAUCUGUAAAUGCGCACACAUACAUUAUUGUAUGCAUAGGAUGGACUUGAAUUUAAAUACCGAACAUACAUGAGGUGCUACAGUUUGCAAUCCCAUGUCUUUACUCAUCAUGAAUGAUUUCCCAGCAGCAUUUGCUCAAUAAAUGUCGUACUGAAAUACAAAA